CAACAAAACAACAUGGCUGGUGAAAACUACAUUGGCUCCAAAAUCUCUCUCAUCAGUUUAAGUGACAUUCGUUACGUUGGUAUUCUUCAUAGUAUCAACGCUCAAGACUCUACUGUUGGCUUGAAGCAAGUUCGCUCCUUUGGUACUGAAGGUCGACGUGGCAAGCCUGAAGAAGAGAUUCUUCCUUCUGACAAUGUCUUUGAUUACGUUGUCUUUCGUGGUUCUGACAUUAAGGAUCUUCAAGUCUUUGAAGCACCUCCUCCCCCUCCUCCUCAACCUACCAUGCCUCAGGAUCCUGCUAUUAUGAGCAUGAAUGGUUAUCCUCCCAUGAACCCUUACAUGAACAACAACAUGUAUAUGCAACCUCCUCUUUCUCAGCCACCUAUUCAACAAACAAAGCCCCAAAAGCUCCCUCAACAACAGCAACUUUCUCAACAGCAACAACAGCAACAACAACAACAGUCUUUGAAUAGACCCAGUUCCACUACUUCCUCCAAUAACCAUAACUAUUGGCAAGCUCCAGCUACUUCUACUUUCUCUAUGGAUCGUGAUUUAGAUCAAGCUCAACUUGAAAAGGAUACAUUGGAUGAAUUAAAGGCUGAACUUGAAGAAAGUGCUGCUUCACAGCCUACUAUUAAUGAAGCUGCUAUUGAGCAAUUAGCCAAGAAAGUAAGUGAGUUGAAUCCUAAUGAAGACACGGUGAUUAGCUCCAAACCAUUGGAAGAGCAACAACAACAACAACAGCAACAACAACGUCGUCGCUAUGAUAAUCAUCAAAACAACUAUCGUAAUAACCGUGGUGGCCGUUAUAACAACAACAGCAAUAACAGCAACAAGUCCAAGCAUGAUUUAGCUAUUCCUUCUUCUGAAUUUGACUUUGAAGCCUCUAAUGCUAAAUUUGAUAAGAAUGAGAUUGUCAAGAAGGAUGAUGGUAUUCAUGAUCAAGAAGAAAUCGAAAUUCCUAAACCUGAUGAAUUUUAUAACAAGACUUCGAGUUUCUUUGAUAACAUUUCAUGUGAGUCAAAAGAACGUAUUGAACAACAACAACAACAACAACAACAGCAGCAGCAACAACAGCAUCAACAACAACAAGGUGAUUCUCGUCGCAGCCGUUUCCAAGAAGAACGUAAAUUGAACAUGGAAACAUUUGGACAAGCCACUGUUGAACAAUCGAGAUACCGAAACAAUUACAAUAGAGGUCGUGGUGGUUACCGUGGAAACCGUGGUGGUAAUAACUAUUACCGCAACAACAAUCGUAACAACAACAGUAAUAAUUAUAACUAUAGACAAAACAAGCCUCAAAAUCAACAAGAGUCCAUUUAAGAAUAUAUAAAGCAUAUAUUUCUCACAUUGUACAUGUAAUUCUUUGUUUUGUUGAUGUUAUUAAAAAAAGAAAAAGCCAGAAUCAUUUUGAUUGGUUCACUAAACUCUUUAUAGUAGUUCCUUUUCUGUCAAAUUUUUGAUUUUCCUUUUUCUUUUUCUUUUUUUUUUUUGUUCAUAUCAAG